AUGUCUUCUCACAUGUUAUCGCAAACACUGUCCGCACCGUUAAUGUCGGCCCAACUCAUGGCCAGCGGUGGCCGCGGAGGGCCGGCGCCGACCUCUAUGGCCACCAACGGGUUGCCGAUGACACACAACAUGCCGAUGAUGUCCGCCACGGGUGCGACCAUUUUGAGCCAAACCCUAUCCCAACCGCCGCCACAGACAUCAUCACCACUACUACUUCCCACCGGCGGUAGUCCUCUGCAGACGUCGCUCCGACAGCCGCCGCAACCGCCCAUCACUUUCCCAUCGAUGGUCAGACCCAUGGCUACCGUUAACCACAGCCACGGCCUCAACGGCAACGAUAGUCUCCUCAGCGAUCAGCUGAUGAGAGAGUCGUCCGAAGACUCGUCGUCUCAGUCACAGCAACAGUUGAUCGGCACUAACGGAUCCAUCGGUGGCGCGGGAGUGGCCGGCGCUGGUCUCAAGAACUCAGUGUUGAUAUUAGAUAAGAAACGUCUGCAUGAGUUGGUCCAAGAGGUAGACCCGUCGGAACAGCUGGAGGAAGAAGUGGAGGACACGCUGUUGACAAUCGCUGACGAGUUCAUCGAGUCGUUGGUCUACACGUCGGCGCUGUUCGCCAAACACCGGAAGUCGACGACACUGGAUGUAAGGGAUGUCCAUUUGGCUCUGGAGAAGAACUGGCAGAUGUGGAUCCCGGGCUUCGGUGUCGACGACCACCAGCAACGACAGCACCACAAGCGUCAGGCCUUCGUCACCGAAGCCCAUAAGCAACGCCUGGCGUUGAUUAAGAAGACGAUGAAGAAGUUGUGA